AUGCCAAGUGACAAGACUGUUGGGGGACAGGACUGCUUCAACACCUUCUUCAGCGAGACAGGUGCUGGCAAGCAUGUGCUCAGAGCUGUGUUUGUAGACUUGGAACCCAGAGUCAUUGAUGAGGUUCACACUGGCACCUACCGCCAGCUCUUCCACCCUAAGCAACUCAUCACUGGCAAAGAAGAUGUUGCCAAUAGCUAUACCCGAGGUUAUGACACCAUUGGCAAGGAAAUCACUGACCUUGUCUUGGGCCGAAUUUGGAAACUGGCUGACCAGUGCACAAGUCUUCAGGGCUUCUCAGUUUUCCACAGCUUUGGUGGGGGGACAGGUUCUGGGCUCACCUCCCUGCUGAUGGAAUGUCUCUCUGUGGAUCAUGGCAAGAAGUCCAAGCUGGAGUUCUCCAUUUACCCAGCCCCCCAGGUUUCCACAGCAGCAAUUGAGCCCUACAACUCCAUCCUCACCACCCACACCAUCCUGGGGCACUCUGAUUGUGCCUUCAUGGUAGACAAUCAGGCCAUCCAUGACAUCUGUCGUAGAAAUCUUGAUAUUGAGUGCCCAACCUACAUGAAUCUUAACCUCCUUCUUAACCAGAUAGUGUCCUCCAUCACUGCUUCCCUGAGGUUUGAUGGAAUCCUGAAUGUGGAUCGGACAGAGUUCCAGACCAACCGGGUGCUCAACACCACAGCCAUCGCUGAGGCCUGGGCUUGCCUGGACCACAAGUUUGACCUGAUGCAUGCCAAGCAUGCCACGGUUCACCGGUACGUGGGUGAGAGCAUGGAGGAAGGAGAGUUUUCUGAGGCCUGUGAGGACAUGGCUGCCCUCCAGAAGGAUUAUGAGGUUGUGUGGAUUCUGUUGGAGAGGCAGAGGAAGAAGCAGAGGAAUACUAA